UCCGAGGGCAACGAGAAUUUAACGACAUUUUUGAAUUGCCUUGCUCCGAUUGGCCGACGAUUCACGGUUGAACGGUGCUGCCCUCGUUGACAAAGAGAGGAAACAACGAGUGAGCAAGACAGCACGACAUCGGCGCAUCUCGUUGUCUCGCGUUCUCGGUCGUUCGCGGCGACGCGUAGCCACCUGACGGUGAAGUUUGCAAAGCAUCAUUCAAAGUUGGACGUUGUGUUUCGUUUCGUAUCGUUAUUUACCGUUAUCGUUUCGUUUCAUAAACCGAAAUUACGAGAAAGCGCAAGUAUUGCACAGCCAUCGAAAACCUUUGAUUCGUAGCGUUCCUACGUAGCGUUAUCUACGGCACGAAACGAAGAAUUCUAGGGUCCGGGGUGUUGCCGAUUCGUGCUGACUCGAAGACCGAUCACCCGGCAAAUAGCCGGAACGACGAGUACUCGACUCGAUCCGGAUCCCGUAGAUUCGAUUCGAGACUCGCGGACCUAGCGUAUCCUGUGACAAGCGAGGUUUCGGAGCCGAUCGACGAACUGCGAACGGUAGACAAACGGAUAGAAUGAGUUCGCAGCAGAGCCCCGCUGCGCUUCAGUCUUCGGUGGACCGAGAAAAGGUAUACACGUGGAUCACCGAGUUGUCGAACCCCGAGACCAGAGAGAACGCGCUGAUGGAGCUGAGCAAGAAACGCGAGGUCGUCCCCGACCUGGCCCCCAUGCUGUGGCACUCGUUCGGUACGUCGGCUUCGUUGCUUCAGGAAAUUAUCAGCAUCUAUCCUGCCAUCAAUCCGGCCACGCUGACGGCCUACCAAAGCAACCGUGUGUGCAACGCGUUGGCUUUGCUACAGUGCGUGGCCAGUCACCCCGAGACCAGGUCGGCUUUUCUGCAGGCCCAUAUCCCCUUGUUCUUGUACCCGUUUCUGCACACGAUCAGCAAGACGAGGCCGUUCGAGUACCUCAGAUUGACGAGUCUGGGCGUGAUAGGAGCGCUGGUCAAGACCGACGAGCAAGAAGUGAUCACGUUCCUGCUCACCACCGAGAUCAUCCCGCUCUGUUUGCGGAUCAUGGAGAGCGGGUCCGAGCUCAGCAAAACAGUGGCUACGUUCAUCCUGCAAAAGAUUCUGUUGGACGACAGCGGUCUUUCGUACAUUUGCCAAACCUACGACAGGUUCAGCCACGUCGCGAUGAUUCUGGGAAAAAUGGUCUUGUCCUUGGCCAAGGAUCCGUCCGCGAGGCUCUUGAAGCACGUGGUCAGAUGUUACUUGAGACUGUCGGACAACGCGAGGGCGUUGCUGGCGUUGAGACAGUGCCUGCCGGAUCAGCUGAGAGACAACAACACGUUCGCGACCUGCCUCCAAGAGGACGCGUCCACCAAACACUGGCUGAACCAACUUUUACGGAACUUGGAGAACGGCCCUCAGCUGGUGCCUCCCGCGCAGGCGGGCCAGCAGGAUCCCAGAACGAUCGGCAUGUCGCCACUCGCGUCUUAACGUUAUCCGGUUCUUCUGAGAUUUUAGAUUUUCGAUUCAAAGACGGUGACGUCCCGUCUCGUUCUCAACGACGAAUUUUGCUCGACGACAUCUGGGCUCCGAACAGUUCCCACCUUUGUCUUCUAGUCGCGAGCGCCAUCGAUCGCGGUGGCGCAACGAAGACGAUUAAACGCGAGUAAUCGCUGGCACGAUUUUGCGAUAAGAGCAGGCCGCGGCUCGUCGAAAUCACGAAAACGACGACUACGCGAAUGCUACGAGAAUCCUGCGAGAGAAACGGAGAGACGAAGAAACGAUCGGAAGCGUAACGUUGUCAGUUUCGUUAGUUUCUCCUUCGAGCAGCUUCCACGGAUCCAUCGCGCGACGUAAUACGAACAUACGCGUUGACGUGUACGCGUCGCGCAAAGCUCUAAUCUACGAUAAAUGUGUGUAUAUUUAUAUUGUAUUAUAUUAUGCUAUAGUAUAUUAUAUUGUAUCAUAUCA